UGUUAUUUUCUAAAACGCGUACAUUUAGAGAGAAUCUUUGAACGCAGCACGCUGGUCGUCACGUUGGAUGAAUACAAGAUGCCACCACAGCGGACGAACAGUUUGGAAUUCGAGGUGCGACCAUUCUAAAGUCAGUCAUUCACAAUUUUGGGGAACGUAUUUGGAAACAACCGGCGUAUUCAAACGGCGUUUGAGCUCGCGUCAAUGAGGUGAGAGGAAGCUCGGUUCGCGGAAGUGAAGCUUCGAUCACAGCUGAUUCGUCAAUAUGGCACCCAGAGAUCCACUUGUCAGCGCCCUCAAAGUGUGCUUGUUGAAUCUGCAGUGUGAUUAUGGGCAGACGGUGACGGACAGCAACCCUCACGUCACUUCUUGCUGCCAGCUUCUUGAGCUGCUCCUCAGGAAAGGACUCCAACAGCCGGUCCUCAGUCUGGUUCCUCGAGACUACUGGCAAUGUUUUGAGCAGCUUCUCCGCCAAGAUACAUGUGACAGGCUGUGUACUGUGGCGUGGGCUGUGGAACAGACUAAAGCUUGCAGAAAGCUGCUCUCAGCUCAGGGCCGAGGCCGUUACCUCCUCAGAUUGGCUCUCAGCCGCAAGUUGCUGCCACAGUUCGUCACUCACCUCCUGCACACUCCCAGAGUCUUGGAGUGGUACAGCCCAGCGUUCUCAAUCCUCAGGAAUGAAGAAUUUUUAGAACCUUUCAUGUCCCUGCUGCUGGUUCUCUCUCACAUGGAGUUCGACCUUGACAUGGAGAAUUGCAGUUUUUUGGAUGAAAGCUGGCUUUUACCGGUGUGCGAGACAUAUGAAGUGGUGCCGUGUCGACAGGUGGGAAUGGUCCUGAGCUACCUCAGUGGGCGCGUCUUCCUUCUGGACUUGAUAUCUGGCAGCCAGGCGCAUGUUGACAAGUUUAUCUGCCGCGGUGACGUCAUUGACGAGAUCAAUGGCACCUCUCUGAGAAAUUCCAAGAACGGACAGGCAGGUGUGGUUCUGUCACGGCUGAAAGGCUGCCCACUGUCUAUCCGUGUUGUGCGCUGGCGGGCCCGCGACGGGACGGUGUAUCGACCUCUCAUUCAAAUGCUGCGGACUUUGAGGAUAGAGAAUCCGUGGCUGCAAGUCGGCCCUGCUCCCAGUGACCAGAGAACUUCUCCUCCGACACAGUGUCUCAAAGAGGGAAGGAUUGUGUACAUUGUCCAGUUCUUGGGGGCAAAAAACAUUGGAAUGUUUGGAACCAAGGAGGUGUUGCAACACGCAAUUUCACACGUGUUACAGGAAAACCUGCCGAGCAAGGUGAUCACACCACUCCCCCGCUUGAGGCCCUUAACAACUGUUCUUCCUAACCAUUUAAAUACAAACACACACCCGCUAUCCUUUGUCCCACAGGAAGUACUUUUAGAUUUGCAGGAAACACACUUAACGUGUACAGAGAGCAGCAGUAAACUGAUGCUGUGUGAAUAUCACUAUCCAGACAUAUCGUGUGUUGGGAGAUACACGAAACCAGAUUACACGAUAUUAGGCUUUUGUGUGGUAAACAGACCACCAGAAACCCCAACAACACGCUUCAGCUGUGUGGUGCUCAAAGCUGCUAGCAUUAAGGAGUGUGAAGAGAUCGUUUGUCGUACAGCCACUGGUUUCAAGCACACAGAGUGGUCUGUAUGACAUGUACAUGUGUAAAUAAACAGUCAAAACUCAAAA